CGAUGGCACACAUGUUUACUACACUCUGACAGCCAUGUUCUUUGACCAAACAGGGUUGCCCUGGGCUUUUCUAGAGGUCAUAACAUUGUCCCAAAGUGCACUUUCACACCCCCCCAUUAGGGAUUUAAAAGCAUUUGAUUGGUGGUUAUGAUGAGCACUAGCCGUAUGCAGCACCACCAACUCUUAGUGAAGUGGUAAAUGGAGAACAGGAGUUCCAAAUCUUAGCCUUUUUUCAAUUGCGAAAUCUACCGCGAAGAGUUUUGAAAUCUGCCACAUCCCCUUUGAAUCAGCCAUUAUUUUUUUUAUGUAGAAUAGCAUGCCCACAUUUAGAAACGAUACGCAACUUAUCCUUUUAUAUAUAAAAUAUGUAGCAUAACUAGCUACAUUUCUUUUGACCACUACACACAUGUAUUUUGGGGAUCUUCCUCUGUAAUUGUAACUUUCCCGAUGACAUGCUAGUGGGACAGGAGAGUCAUUUCAUACAAGCACAUAUGUUUUCUCUACUCCACUAACUUUGACCUUUUCCAAAAGGAGGCGAUGAGAGGACGCAAGGAAUAGAGCAAACCAAUUGAGAUUCUCCCAGUGUGUUUAUGGUGGAGGAAAGCAUGAGAUCUUCAAAGCCUUUGUGAAGGAAUGACUGACCCUUGGACCAAGGCCUGGUUAAAGCCUGUCUCUAACAAUGAUCAGCCAAUGAGAGAGCAGGGGAGCUGAAUGACCCAUGAGUUUAAUUACUGUAUCGGAUACCUGUGUCAAGUAUACGUAUGGACCUAUGUUAUGAUCAUUUGUGUGCCUAUAUGAAUGCAGCUUCUACAAUGUCACGGAGAUCUUGGAUUGAAGAUGCCUUCUGCAAGAGAGCAUGUGGUAAAUUCAUCCCAGCAUGUCGAGACCUACACAGAUGUUUUCCAAUGUGUCAAGUAUGCCAAAACCUAAUAAGAUGCUGCUGUGGACGUCUGGUAGGGGAGCACACCUUGCUGGAGACUGGCCCUUCCAUGUUCAGCUGGCCUGGGCCUGGGACAGGGCAGCAAGAGGAGUGGUCAGUGGAGUGCCACACACAAACCAGUGCCACUGAUGCCUACGGAACCAUUGACUUCCAGGACAGUGCUGGACGUAACUGCCAUGCCAAGUAUGUUCGUGUUGCGGUCGAUUCCAAGGCUGAGGCUCUGCUGCAGCUGAUGCGGAGUGAAUGGCAGAUGGAACGGCCUAAACUACUGCUGACGGUUCAUGGGGGGACAGAGAACUUCCCCCUCCCUCUCAAGGUUAGACAGGCCUUCAGCAAAGGCCUGAUCACAGCAGCCCAGAGCACUGGAGCCUGGAUACUCACAGACGGCAUCAACACAGGUGUGUCCCGGUACGUAGGGGAGGCUGUGAAAACAUAUGGCACCCAUGACCUCAGGAAGAGGAACGCUGUAGGGGUCACGCCCUGGGGUGUAAUUGACAAUCACAGUGACCUUAUAGGGAGAGAUGUGCUCAGGCCCUACCAGCCUCUGGGAAACCCCUUGAGUAAGAGGGUUUGUCUGAACGGCCUGCACUCCCACUUCCUGUUAGUGGACGAUGGAACUCUGGGAAAACAUGGCUGCCAGCUGGGACUGAGGAGGAAGCUGGAGAGGCACAUUCAACUGCAGAAGAUCCACCCUCGGUUUAACCAGGGUGUGCCAGUGGUGUGUGUGGUGGUGGAGGGCGGCCCUGACAUUGUGUCCAUGGUGCUGGAGUACGUGAGCAGUGUGCCCCUGCCUGUGUUUGUCUUCGAGGGAUCAGGUCGGGCAGCUGACCUGCUGGCAUUCUUACACAAACAGACUGCCAUUGACAGGCAGCUGGACACAGACAUCCAGGAGGACUUCCUGCUGAGGAUAGGGGGCAUGUUUGGUCUGGAGAGAGCAGACGCCAGCCAGCUCUACAACCUUCUGAUGGAGUGUAUGGACUACAGACAGUCUAUCACAAUCUUUGACUCGGAAUCUGAGGAUCAACAGGAGGCAGACUGUGCCAUUUUGACGGCCACACUGAAAGGCACCAAGGCGUCUCCUGGGGAACAGCUCAGUACAGCUCUGGCAUGGGACCGAGCAGACAUAGCUAAAAAACACAUCCUUGUGUAUGGCCAGCACUGGCAGGUAGGCUCGUUGGAGCAGGCCAUGCUGGAUGCUCUGGUUAUGGACCGGGUCGGCUUUGUCAAACUGCUGAUCGACAACGGUAUGACCAUGAACCGCUUCCUGACCGUGUCACGCCUGGAAGAACUAUAUAACACGCAGCAGGGACCAACAGACAAUUUUCUCCAUAUUCUCGUGGAAGAUGUGAAACAGACCCAUAUACCUAAAGGAUACAGAGUCUCCCUCAUAGAUGUGGGGCAGGUAAUCGAGUAUCUGAUAGGAGGAGCCUAUCGGAGCACAUACACACGGAAACACUUCAGGGCCCACUAUAACCUCCUAUAUGCCCAUUGCAAGGAGACUGGACGGGAUAGUUCAGGACCCCUUAACAAAAAGAGGAGGGCAGACUGCACCCUUCACCCGCACCAAAGCCCAAACAGUAGUCCAUCAAGGCCACCCUUCUUCCGCACUGCUCAGCCCUAUAAACGCAAGGAAAGAUCCAUGGUGCUCAGGGACCUGAAGGUGGCCCAGCAGCAGAGCUCCGAGCUGGGUGACUCUCCACUGUUUGUUUACAACUUCAAUGACCUGUUUGUGUGGGCUGUGCUGCAGAGGCGGCAGCAGAUGGCGCUGUUCCUGUGGCAGCACGGGGAGGAGGCCAUGGCCCGGGCUACAGUGGCCUGUAAACUGUACCGUGCCAUGGCCUACGAGUUUCGGCAGAGCAACAUGGAUGAGACCACGGGGGAGCAGCUCAAAACCUACUCUAUGGACUUUGGUCAGCUGGCGGUGGACGUGCUGGAUCGUGCCUUCAGACAGAACGAGCGCAUGGCCAUGAAACUGCUGACUUCGGAGAUGGAGGCCUGGAGCCACUUCACCUGUCUGCAGAUGGCUGUGUCCUCCCGGCUCCGCCCCUUCGUCUCCCACUCCUGCACCCAGAUGCUGCUCACCGACCUGUGGACCGGCCGCCUCAACAUGAGGAAGAACUCCUGGUUUAAGAUCAUCCUGAGCAUCCUCAUGCCCCCUGCCAUCCUGCUAUUGGAGUUUAAGAGCCAGGCAGAGAUGUCCCAUGUCCCCCAGUCCCAGGAGGCUUUGCAGUUUGGUUGGGACACAGGAAGACCAGAGGCAGCCCAGGAGGGGGGGCAUACGGAUGGCCACGAUGCGGAGAAGGGAUCAGCGUGGUGGGAGAGUUGCUCAGCCCCCGAAGCUGACACAAUCACACCUGUUACCACCCAGUGUUUCUUCUGGACCACGAGGCUGUACGAUUUCUACACCGCCCCUGUCGUCAAGUUCUGGUUCCACACGAUGUCCUACCUGGCCUUUCUCAUGCUGUUCUCCUACACUGUUUUGGUAAAGAUGGAGGACCGGCCCAGCACUCAGGAGUGGCUGGUCAUUGCGUAUAUUAUAUCCACUGCUGUGGAGAAAACAAGAGAGGUGUUCAUGUCAGUGCCGAGGAAACCCAGUCAAAAGCUGAAGGUGUGGUUUGGAGAGUACUGGAAUGUGACUGACUUCCUGGCCAUCGUCCUCUUCCUGGUGGGGCUGGGGCUACGCUGGGACAGCGGGUCCUACCGGACGGCAGGGCGGAUCACCUACUGCCUGGACAUCAUCUUCUGGUAUGUUCGGGUGCUGGACCUGCUGGCCGUCAACCAGCAUGCCGGGGCCUACCUCACCAUGAUCACCAAGAUGACUAGUAACAUGUUCUACAUUGUGGUGAUGAUGGCGAUUGUGCUGCUGAGUUUCGGCGUGUCCAGGAAGGCCAUCUUGUCUCCAGACGAAGCUCUGUCAUGGAGCCUGCUCAGAGAUGUAGUCAACCAGCCGUACUGGAUGAUGUUUGGAGAAGUGUACGCAGGCGAAAUAGACACCUGUGCAGGUGACACGCCGUGUGUCCCCGGUGCCUUCCUCACCCCCUUCCUCCAGGCCGUCUACCUCUUCUUCCAGUACAUCAUCAUGGUCAACAUCCUCAUUGCCUUCUUCAACAAUGUCUACUUUGACAUGAAGUCCAUAUCCAAUAAGCUGUGGAAGUACAACCGCUACCGUUAUAUCAUGACCUAUCAGGAGAAGCCGUGGCUGCCCCCGCCCCUCAUCAUCCUGAGUCACAUGACCCUGUGUGUGACUGCCAUUUACCAGAAACACAGAGGCUUGUCCGAGCAGGAGACGGACUCCUGUGGGCUUAAGCUUUACCUGGGCCAAGAGGAGCUGAAGAGGCUGCAUGAGUUUGAGGAGAGGUGUUUGGUGUCGUAUUUCCACGAGAAAAACCAAGAUGUUCUCUGCAGCCAGAUAAACAGGGUACGAGCCACUGCAGAAAGGGCUGAGGAGAUGGGUGUGGUUAUGCGCGAGGUGUCGGACAGGGUCCACUUCAUCCAGGAUACCCUGCAGGUGUUGGACAGCCAGCUGGGUCAGCUGCAGGACCUGUCCGCCCUGGCCGUGGACACUCUCACCCUCCUAUCGGCCUCCGAUAGCCUGCAGCAGGAGGAGGCCCGCCUAGGCCACUGCCGGCCAAUAACCCCCUCCCGUCACCAUGUCCCCCACAGCUGGACCCUCCCCCACGGAGGUGGAGGCAGUGUUGACAUCAUGCCCUGCCACACCCCUAGGGCCUACCGCAGCACACCACCCUCCCUGCUGUGGGGCCACACCCCCUCCCGCAGCCAACGCCCGUCACUGGAGUGGCACAGUGAGGCCUGGGGGGGCGGCGACCAUGGAGGGCAGGGGGCUGGUGAGUCGUGUGUGCCUUCCCGCUGUGGCUCUCCUCCGUACCCUUCGGCCUUGGCUAUAGACAGUUCUCUGGAACGCCCCCACAGCAAACCCAGGGUCUGCUGUGACCCUGAGAUGUCCAUGGAAAAGGAAGGGGAGGAGUUUGGGAAGUCCUUUGAUGUGAAUAUGUCCAGGGCCUCUAGUCAUGCCUUCCUGUUGUCGGACACCCAGGAUGAGAGAGGCUGUGGGGCCAGGGGUUUGGUGAACCCCGCCUUCUGUAAGGACGACGACCCUGGGGCAGUUCACUCCAGACGGGGCCAGUGGGGCAGGAAGCGUCCUCACCGGUGGGCGGGUCUGUCCAGGGACCGGCCCUACAGUCACAGCCGCUCUCUCUCCUCUAGCAUGGAGAACAUGGCUCUCUCUGGUGUCCCCCUGAGCCAUCUACAAGCCUCCUUCCCCACCCUCGAUUGCCUGUCGGAGGGGGGAAGAUUCACAGCUGACAUACCCCUUGGCUGCAGUAAAAGCAGAGAGUGGUCCAACUGGUUUGAUCUGGCAGUGACCUCAGGGAGCAGAGAGAGGUGUCAGGGCAGGAAGACAGUCAAGAUCCUGGAGGAGAGUUCUUCAGACGCUGGGAAAGAGGUGGACUCAUACCUCUCCGACGUGUGCAGAAAGAGGAGGCGCAGGGGAGGAGAGCCUGUGUGCUGGUCUGCCUCUGCCAGCCCCAACCCACUCAAUUCUGAACCCAUGGAUUCAUUGCAGAAAGUAGCUUUUUCACAUCAGGACUCCAGUCAGUCCGUGUGGACCAGCUGGGCCUGCUCUGUCAGCUGCAGGUCCUCAGGGCGAAGUGGGAUCGCACGUGAAGAAGACCUGGACCCACACUACUCAGCCAUGGAAAGGAACAACCUGAUGAGGCUUGCUCACACCAUACCUUUCACACCUGUCUCCAUAAUGGCGGGAGAGGAGGUGAGUGUCUACACCCUGGAGGAGGUGGAGGCUGCAGGCCCGGAGUCCUCCAUAUCCUACUGGUCAUCCAAGGGGCUGUCUGCGAUGCUGCAGCCGCUGUCCAGCGAGGGCUGUCCAGAUGGGGGGCUGCGCAGGGCCAAGCUCGUACUUUGCACCUGGGCCGAGAGGGAUGUCCUGAGGGUGGGCUGCGUAUAUGUGGUCAAAGCAAUCCAGCCCGAUGUGGUCUGCACCUGGCAGAGGGUCUUCCACAGCGACACCACCCUCCAACUCUGUCUGCGGGAGAUACAGCAACAGAGAGCUGCUCAGAAACUCAUGCAUGUGUUCAACCAAGUAAAACCAGAAAACAUGCCUCAUUCUCCAAGGUUCCUGGACAUGUCUCUUCUUCACUGGCACUCAGACGGCCAGUGGUUGACCAUCGAGAGGAACAUGACGGGAGAUUUCAGGAAGUACAAUAAUAACACAGGAGAGGAGAUCGCCCCCUGCUGUGGGAUGGAGGAAACGCUCCUGGCCUUCUCCCACUGGACCUACCAAUACUCCUGCAGGGAACUGCUGGUGUUGGACUUACAGGGAGUGGGAUCGGAGCUUACAGACCCAUCGGUCAUCCGAGCAGAAGACAAAAGCUCGAGUGAUGACAUGGUGUUUGGUCCUUCUAACCUGGGAGACGCUGCCAUCCACAGCUUUGUCAUCAAGCACACCUGCAACUCCUGCUGCGAGAACCUCGGACUCCCAGAUUUGAGGAGGAGCACGGACAUCCACGGGAAAACAGAACACAGGCCUUUUGAAAAGGACAGUGGAUUGAUCAUGACUAGGAUGUAACCUCUGAUCCGGAAGCAGAAGUACGCCAUCCUAACCUCUGGUUCAGGUGGGAUGAAGUUGCCCUUAAAGCAUAGACACUGAUUUAAUGUCACUUUUGUGUUUUCCUCCCCAAAUGGUUAUGGUUAGGAUCUGGAGAAGCUAAGCGGAUCCAGAGGUGUACAAGGGUAACUUCUACCAGGAAGGAAAGCACUCACUUGGUUGGUUUGAAUGGAUAGUGUACAUUGUGUAGCUUUAUGUGGACUAAAUCUUGUGUUAGAUGUCUGGUAGGGCUUUUGUUGUAACAGCGGUUUACAUUGCAGAAGUCUCAGCAGCAAGCCAGAUGCUGUAGUCUUGCAUUCAUUCAGCCUAUGGAGUGCAUAGUGGAGGGAGGCCGCAGUGCCUGGUUAAUUUUGAAAUGAGCACCACUUUUAUGAUCUUUUCAUAUCAUCUGAGGAAUGUUUAUACCAGAUGUCAUGUUUUUAUCUGUUUGCAUAACCGUUUUUAUGGUGAAAUACCAGCUAUUAUGGCAGCCAUUUUGAAUGUUCACAAUAACUCACCUUCCUAGUUAAGUUUCAAACGGGCAGAUCUUCUGGGAUGUUUUCAGAUCCCCUGAGGAAAUGUCUGUCUGUCUGUCUGUCCAUCCCAUUCUGAAAUGUCAUGCUUAUAUCUGCUUCAAAAUGUUUUUAAUUUAAAAAAAAAAUUUAAGGUCCCAGACUAUUAGGGUAUUUCAAGUGUUAUACUCUUGACAUCAUUUUCUUACCAAACACAGUCUGGUUUAUUUAAUCUUAUACACAUUCACAGCUAAAAGCUGAACGACAAGCGUAGCAAGGAAAAGCUGUAUUUAAGUGAAAUGUUGAAACCCUUGAAAGGAAACCUUUCACAUGGACCAUGUUCUUCAGGCUGGGCUCAAAACUAAAUGUUAAACAAAACUUUAUUGAGAACAAAUUAUUCAUCAGAGUCAAAACUACAAUCUGGGAUUUGUUUUUCAGCAAAACAUCCCCUCUCAAUUUCAUCAAAUAUAUAUUUUCCUGUUUUCAAACACUGUGAAAUCAUAUUUUUGUAUUUAGCAAUACUCAAAUAUAUUGUUAUGCUGAUUAUGUUACAAGUGAUUACAAAACUAGAAUUAAGCAUCGACACAGCUGGACUGAAGCAUGGCUUAUGUUAUGGCUUAAAUUCAGAAUGAGAAGCUAAUAGAAGAAUAACUAAAUCUGGUCUCUUGGUGGUUGGAAUUCACACUGCUCAGACUCAGAAUUCACACUGCUCAGACUCAGAAUUCACACUGCUCAGACUCAGAAUUCACACUGCUCAGACUCAGAAUUCACACUGCUCAGACUCAGAAUUCACACUGCUCAGACUCAGAUUAUUCACACUGCUCAGAGUCAGAUUAUUCACACUGCUCAGACUCAGAAUUCACACUGCUCAGACUCAGAAUUCACACUGCUCAGACUCAGAUUAUUCACACUGCUCAGAGUCAGAUUAUUCACACUGCUCAGACUCAGAUUUCACACUGCUCAGACUCAGAUUAUUCACACUGCUCAGACUCAGAUUAUUCACACUGCUCAGACUCAGAUUAUUCACACUGCUCAGACUCAGAAUUCACACUGCUCAGACUCAGAUUAUUCACACUGCUCAGACUCAGAUUAUUCACACUGCUCAGACUCAGAUUAUUCACACUGCUCAGACUCAGAUUAUUCACACUGCUCAGAAUCAGAUUAUUCACACUGCUCAGACUCAGAUUAUUCACACUGCUCAGACUCAGAUUAUUCACACUGCUCAGACUCAGAUUAUUCACACUGCUCAGACUCAGAUUAUUCAAAUCAUCACAAUGGAUCUUUGUUGUUGUUGUUGCUAUAGUCCUUCACCUAAAGAGCAGUUCUGAAGAGUAUCUAACCCUUAAAAUGCCAGUUUGUUUGUCCACAAAAACUCUACAUAAAUGCACGUGUGUGUGUGUGCGUGCGUGUGUGUGCGUGCAUGCGUGCGUGCGUGCGCAGUACAAUGGAAAAAGAACGAGCCAGAAAUACAUCCAUAAAAUUUCCUUUAUUUUUCUUCCCACAAAGAAAUGUCUACAAAAGCGAUAAAAUAUAGAAUUUAACAAAACUCACUUCAGACCUUGACUUGUUUAUUUACAUCUCGAAGGAGGAGACACUGAGAUACCUCAGGACAACUCAGAACUUUGACACAACUGGAUCAUCAAAGCUCUUAAUUUAUGACGCACACACACACACACACACACACACACACACAGGUCUACAUGUGAGGUUCGGGGACAUAAAGCUGUGUCAAAGUUCUGAUGUUCGAUCCGACUCACGAAGUGAAAAAUGCAAACAAACAAACAAUUCAAUGUAAUCAAAUACACACUUGCCUCAAAAUUCCCCUUUUUGAUUGGUUCUCAAGUAAACUCACACAGUAAAGAAACUAUUUCCCAUUUCACUAAUCCAGCAACCUCCUCUCUAACUAUGGCACUUGAAAAAACAUUAAUUUUUUUUGUUUUAGUUAGUCCGUUUAAAAAAGUGUUUGUACCCCAAGUACCUUUUUUAAGGGUUUUGGUCACAGUUGCUGCACUUACUGUACUUUACUUUCUCAUCAUGGGACGCAAGGACAUUCUAAUGAAUAAAUAAAACAUGUUUAACACUA